AUGAUCGACAAACUAGUCGGCCUCGCCAUGCUCGUGGCUGCCUCCGUCGUCUUCCUCUACUACACAAUAUGGACCCUGAUCAUGCCCUUUGUCGAUGAGUACCACGCCCUGCAGGACUUCUUCCUCCCCCGCGAAUGGGCCAUCCGCAUCCCCGUCAUCCUCGUCCUUCUGGGUUCGGCUGUCGUUGGAUCCUUCUUGGGUCUCGUCAUGAUUAGAAGCAACAGGAAGAAGGCGGCCAAGGCCAAGGCCGCUACUAAGAAGAAGAACUAA